AAAAAAAAAAAAAGAGUGAAGAAGAAUGUCAGGUCCUGAAUGUUGCUCAAACCCUCCAACUCUAAACCCAAGUAGUGGAGCAGGACAUGUUCAGAAGCUUGGUGGUUUAGACUCCUAUGUCACUGGCACUCCCAGUUCCAAGCUUGCAGUUCUCCUUGUAUCUGAUGUUUAUGGAUAUGAAGCUCCAAACUUGAGGAAGCUGGCCGACAAGAUUGCGGCUGCUGGAUUCUUUGUGGCUGUUCCCGACUUCUUUCAUGGCGAUCCUUUUGUGGCCGGCGAUGCAAGCAGGCCUUUACCAGUGUGGCUAAAAGACCAUGGAACGGAUAAGGGAUUUGAAGAAGCAAAACCAGUUACCGAAGAUUUAAAGAGUAAAGGGUUUUCUGCAAUAGGUGCUGCUGGCUUUUGUUGGGGUGGCAAGGUUGUAGUUGAACUUUCAAAGUUCACCAACUUUAUCCAGGCUGCUGCGCUUUUACAUCCUUCCUUCGUCGCUGUAGACGAUAUCAAAGAGGUUAAGGUUCCAAUUGCCAUACUUGGAGGUGAGCGUGACCAAAUUUCUCCCCCGCCGCUUGUGAAACAAUUCGAGGAGGUCUUAAAGGCAAAGCCUGAGAUUGAUUCCUUUGUGAAAAUAUAUCCGGGAGUCGCGCAUGGUUGGACCAUUAGGUAUGAUGUUCGUAAUGAAGCUGCUUGUAAGCGUGCAGACGAGGCUCAUAGGGACUUGUUGGCUUGGCUCAUCAAGCAUGUUAAGUGAAGGCCUUCAUAACCGAACGGUACCUUAAAAAUGCCUAGAGAAGCAUGAGUAUGGAGAUCUUAUGGACUACUUAGGCACCCAUUUUCUGAAUAAAUAGUUUGGACUUUCUAUGUACUAGUUUUUUGUUUGAAGGAUUUCGCCACUUGUUUGAGAGUUUCAGGUAUGGAUAUGUGUAUAUGUCAAUGUGUAAAGGAUCUGUA